AUACUGCAAGUAGUCGUCGCCGGGAUAUCGGAACAUGCAUUAAAUAACCUGGUUGUUUAAGUCUCAUGGUUUGUAAAGUUGCUGUCUGAAACAACCAAGUGUGUUAAGACAAGGUGAUAAGAGGCUAUUAUUCAUUCAGAGUUUGAGUGUAUUUGUGGAGAGUAGUUUUUGAUCGUAAGCAUCGCUAGUUUAAGAUUGCUAACAGCUGGAGGAAGCCGUCAACACACAAGAGGAACGACGGAACGACGGGACAUACGAGAGGACUGGCGAUUAAGAAAUUGCGAGGACAUCUGUGAAAAUCCUCGCCAUGGAGCUGGCUCACAGUCUCCUGCUCAACGAGGAAGCGUUAGCUCAGAUCACCGAAGCAAAGAGGCCUGUCUUCAUCUUCGAAUGGCUCCGUUUCUUGGAUAAGGUCCUCGUUGCAGCAAAUAAGGUGGAUGUGAAGGAGAAGCAGAAAAAGCUAGUGGAACAACUCACUGGACUCAUCAGCAGUGCUCCUGGUCCACCAACAAGAAAACUGCUUGCCAAAAACCUUGCCACCCUCUACAGCAUUGGCGACACAUUCACAGUUUUCCAAACGCUGGAUAAAUGCAAUGACAUCAUCAGAAGCAAGGAUGACACCACUGCAUACUUGCCAACAAAACUUGCUGCAGUGGCCUGUGUUGGUGCAUUUUAUGAGAAAAUGGGCAGAAUGCUUGGAAGCUCCUUUCCAGACACCAUUAAUAAUCUUUUGAAGGCAUUAAAGAGUGCAGAGUCCCAAGGCAGAGGAGAAAUACUCAUCAGUCUGCAGAAAGUGCUCAGUGGACUAGGUGGAGCUGCAGCUUCAUGUCACAGAGACAUCUACAAGAAUGCCCGCUCUUUACUCACAGACAGGUCAAUGGCCGUGCGCUGUGCAGUGGCAAAGUGUCUGUUGGAGCUGCAGAAUGAGGCAGUAUUCAUGUGGACUACAGAACUGGAGAACAUGGCCACACUGUGUUUCAAGGCUCUGGAGGGUUCAAAUUAUGGUGUUCGGGUUGCUGUGGCUAAACUCCUAGGGACCGUCAUGGCUACGGCUCUGAUGCCCAAACAAGCUGCUGUGAUGCGUCAGAAUGUGAAACGGUCAACACUUGAGGAAGUUUUGGAGUUAAUGGCUACAGGUUUUCUGCGUGGUGGAUCUGGUUUCUUGAAGAGUGGAGGGGAAAUGUUGAAGGGAGGCGGUUCUGUCAGCAGAGAAGUCCGGGUGGGCGUCACACAGGCUUAUGUUGUAUUUGUGACUACGCUUGGUGGUCAGUGGCUGGAGCGCAACUUUGCCACCUUCCUCUCCCAUGUUUUGGACCUUGUGUCCCAUCCACGGGCCACACAGACGCAUGUUGAAGCUGUGUACUCGCGGCGCUGUGUCUCCUUUAUGCUACGUGCCACGCUGGGGGGCUUACUUGGCGAGAAGGCACAGAUAGCAGCUGGCAAAGAAAUCUGCCGAGCCAUCAGCAAGCAAAUGAGGGCUGUGGAGGCAGUUCUUAAUGACGUCAAUGGAGAAAACAAGACUGGUGCAGCUGAUGUUUCGGCCAGUCAGCAUGUUAUGGUUUGUGCCCUAAAAGAGUUGGGCAGCCUUGUUCAGAGUUUGAGUGCCACAGCUUCACCUCUCAUCCAGGAGCCUUCCAUUGGACUUCUUGAGACUGUGACCUCAGUGCUGCUACACCCAAGCAUGGCCGCUCGUUUGGCUGCUGCUUGGUGCCUGCGCUGUGUUGCUGUGGCACUGCCCUAUCAAUUAACCCCGCUGCUGGACCGCUGUGCUGAAAGAAUAAACCAUCUAAAGAAUUCACCCGAGGCUGUUAGCGGAUACAGCUUUGCGAUGGCUGCUCUUCUUGGAGGUGUACAUCAGUGCCCUCUGGGAAUCCCACACUCUAAGGGAAAGUUGGUAGUAAGCAUCGCUGAAGACCUCCUUCGAACAGCAGCUCAGAAUAGUCGACUGUCCUUGCAGCGCACACAAGCUGGAUGGCUGCUGCUGGGCGCCCUCAUGACCUUGGGUCCAUCCCUUGUGCGUUAUCACCUUCCCAAGAUGCUGCUGCUGUGGAGGAAUGUGUUUCCUCGGUCGCAGAAGGAGCUGGAGGCAGAAAAGGCUCGGGGAGACUCUUUUACUUGGCAGGUCACCCUAGAAGGCCGUGCUGGGGCGUUAUGUGCCAUGCGGAGUUUUGUGGCCCACUGUCCUGAGCUCCUUACCGAGGAUGUCAUACGCAGGCUGAUGACACCCAUUGAAUGCGCUAUGACUAUGAUAUCUCAUGUCCCUGCCAUCAUCAAAGUUCACGGUGCACAUCUGAAAGCAAGUGCAGCAAUGGUGAGACUCAGGCUGUACGACAUCUUGGCUCUAUUGCCUCCUAAAACAUACGAAGGCAGCUUCAAUGCCCUCCUCAGGGAGCUGGUGGCAGAAUUCACUUUGACUGACAACUCAUCCAACACCACCACAUCUUUGUUGCGCUCGCUCUGUCACUAUGAUGACAGUGUGCUCAUGGGCUCCUGGCUGCAGGAAACUGACCACAAGUCUAUAGAGGAUCAGUUGCAGCCUAACAGUGCAUCUGGCAGUGGGGCUUUGGAGCAUGAUCCCUCUUCCAUAUACCUGCGAGUGCCUGUAGGUGAAGCCAUCCCAGGGCCACUCCCUUUGGGAGUAUCAGUAAUUGAUGCAUCUGUGGCUCUGUUUGGUGUAGUUUUCCCCCAUGUGUCUUUCAAACACAGGUUGCAGAUGCUAGAUCAUUUUGCAGAAUGUAUCAAGCAGGCUAAAGGAGUUCGGCAGCAAGCUGUCCAACUGAACAUCUUCACUGCUGUGCUGAGUGCUCUCAAGGGUUUGGCGGAGAACAAGAGUACUUUGGGCCCAGAGGAGGUCCGUAAGUCCGCACUUGCUCUGGUGAUGGGGGCCCUCGACAAUCCCAAUCCAAUCUUGCGGUGUGCUGCUGGUGAGGCCCUCGGGAGAAUGGCUCAGGUAGUGGGAGAGGCUACUUUCAUUGCUAGAAUGGCACAGACCAGCUUUGACAAGCUGAAGUCAGCCCGUGAUGUAGUGUCAAGGACGGGUCAUUCACUGGCUCUUGGCUGCCUGCAUCGAUAUGUUGGAGGAAUUGGCUCUGGUCAGCACUUAAAGACCAGUGUUAGUAUCCUACUGGCGUUGGCCCAGGAUGGAUCCUCUCAUGAGGUCCAGACUUGGGCUCUGCACUCAUUGGCUCUCAUUGUGGACUCAAGUGGUCCUAUGUAUAGAGGCUACGUGGAACCCACCUUGUCCUUGGUCCUGACCUUACUCCUCACUGUGCCCCCAUCACACACAGAGGUGCAUCAGUGUUUGGGGCGCUGUUUGGGCGCUCUCAUCACUACUGUUGGACCAGAAUUACAAGGAAACGGUGCCACCAUCUCCACCAUCCGCUCGUCCUGCCUGGUUGGCUGUGCCAUAAUGCAAGAUCACUCCGACUCACUGGUGCAAGCAGCUGCCAUCUCGUGUCUGCAGCAGCUACACAUGUUCGCUCCUCGUCAUGUCAACCUUUCGAGCUUGGUGCUGUGUCUUUGUGUGCACUUAUGCAGCUCUCAUCUGUUGCUGCGCCGCGCUGCUGUAGCCUGCUUGAGACAACUUGCUCAGAGGGAGGCCUCUGAGGUCUGCGAGUAUGCCAUGAGCCUUGCAAAGAAGGCAGGAAAUGACAAAGACACUGCAAUAAAUCUGAAUGUCACUGAGACGGGUCUUGAGGGGGCACUAUUUGGCAUGCUGGAUCACGAAACAGACAGGAAGCUGUGCUCUGAUAUUCAUGACACACUGGGCCACAUGCUGUCAUCAUUUGCAGUGGAAAAGCUUUCUCAUUGGCUUAAACUAUGCAAGGAUGUCCUUGCAGCAACAACAGAUGUAGGAGGAGCAGUAACAUUUGAGGUGGAAAAAGAUGAAGACUCUGAGAAAAAAGACGAGAUGGACGACGACAUCAUGUUUGCAGGUUUAGGCGAAGAUGACAGAUCUAAGCCUUCAGUGGCACCUCGCUGGGUGACGCGGGUGUUUGCUGCAGAUUGCUUGUGCCGCAUCAUCCUGCUGUGCGAGAAUACAGACAAAGCACACUUUGACCUGGCAACUGCCCGUUCUACACAAGCAAAGAUCCCUAAAGGAGAUCUGCUGGUGCUCCAUUUGUCUGACCUUAUCCGAAUGGCUUUCAUGGCUGCCACAGACCACAGUAACCAGUUGAGAAUGGCUGGUCUGCAGGCCCUGGAAGACAUCAUUAAAAAGUUUGCGUGUGUUCCCGAGCCCGAGUUCCCGGGGCAUGUUAUCUUGGAACAAUACCAAGCCAAUGUUGGCGCUGCACUCAGACCAGCUUUUUCACCUGAUACACCAUCUGACAUAACAGCUAAAGCAUGCCAGGUGUGUAGCACUUGGAUUGGUAGUGGUGUAGUCAGUGACCUCAACGACCUGCGGCGAGUUCACAACCUGCUAGUGUCAUCACUGGACAAGGUGCAAGCUGGGAAGGGUUCCUCCAGUCAGCUGUACAGUGAGAGUGCCACCACCAUGGAGAAGCUGGCCGUGCUUAAAGCGUGGGCGGAGGUUUAUGUGGUGGCAAUGAAGAUAAAGAAAGAGGCAGAAUCAAAGCCUGUCAAACCGGUUCGAAGUGGAGAUGAGGAUGAUGAUGAUCUGGGUGCAGAUGUGCUUCCACCUGACAGUCUCAUCACUUUAGUGCAGCCUGAAUUGCCCUCGCUUAGUCAGCUGUGGUUGGCCAUGCUCCGGGACUAUGCCCUGCUCACUCUGCCUGCAGAGUUUUCCAGUCAGCUGCCCCCUGAUGGUGGAGCAUUUUAUACUCCAGAGACGAUAGACACAGCAAGGCUCCAUUACCGCAACUCAUGGGCUCCUGUUCUGCAUGCUGUGGCCUUGUGGCUGAGCAGCACUGGUUUUGGAGCUUGUGAACAAAAAGAUGUUUCUCCAGCACUCUCCAAGGCUCCUGCCCUCCGUACUGGAGUCUCGUGGACCGUUAAGAACUUUGAAGAGUUCGUCAAAGACAGGAUGCACCUAAUGUUAGGUGUCAGUAUAGAAUUUCUUUGCUUUCCCCGGCCUGAGGAACCCAUUGAGCAUAUCAUGUCCUGCCUGCACACCUUGUCCACUCUGCUUGAGUCUCCCAGUGCAAAGACCCACAUUGCAGAAGACCAGCUGUUGGCAGUGGAGCUCCUGAAUGUACUUCACAGAUUGUUGUUGACCCGGGACCCUCCUGCAGUCCAGCUCCAGGUGACUGCUGUAGUACAGGAGACCAUAAGAGCUGCACAGGACCAUCUACAGCAACAAAAUAUCAACAAAGGCCAAGAAGAGGAAGGCCUGAGAGAUUCUCAGCUUACCCUAGGGGAAGGGGGAGAGACGGGUGAGCUCGUCCCUGGCAGUUCUCUGGUUUUUGCUGCAAUGGAGCUGCUGGUUUUCAUCCUGAUUCGCCACUUACCACAGCUCAAUACACGUGUCACGAAGUCACCCAGCCAUGUCCCGAUCAGGCCUCAACGAUUACCUGAAGAGAGUGCACGCUUGGUGGCAAACACCGUUUCCAUCUUGGCAGAACUACCCUCACUCUGCUCCCCUGCUGGAAGCAUGACCAUCCUACCUACCGUUCUCUUCCUAAUCACUGGGGUGCUGAGGGAAACUGCAGUUAAGACUGCUGACAACUCGGUGCCUACAUCUGUGUCUGCUGCACUGCAGGGCAUCAAGACCAUCAUCACCUCCCCAUUGGCUCGAGUGGAUAGCCUCCAGACACAGUGGACUGCCCUUGUGAAAAGCAGCCUGGCUUCAGUACUUGAGGAUUCGCAGCCAGAUGAGUCCAGACCUGACUUGGAUGACAUCAGUAUGCUGACAGCAAUUACACUCUUCCUACUGUCUGCUAGUAAUGAACUUGUAGGAGUUACAGUCCUGCAGAAGGGCUGCAUGGAACGUUUCCGUAAUGCCCUCAACUCUUGUGAUCCUUCGGUUCAGGCACGGUGUUACCAGCUUCUCUUGUCAGUGUUUCAACAUCCCAGCCGUCCCCUUUCUACACCAUACAUUCACGCUCUGGCUCCACUCAUGGUGGAGAAACUGAAGGCAGUGGAGCACAGUCGGCCAAGGACUGCUGCUGAGCUGCAGGCUGUACAGGAGGGCAUCAGGGUCCUGGAGAAUCUUGUUGGCAUGGGUGAAGAGCAGAACCGAGUGCAAUUGGUGGCUCUUCUUGUUCCUACCCUUAUCUCAUACCUUUUGGAUGAAAAUGCCAUUCCUUCUGCAUCCCAAGUCUCCAAAGGCCUGCAUGACUUUGCCCUUCAGAACUUAAUGCGUAUUGGCCCUCUAUAUCCAGCUUCCUUCAAGAAAGUCAUCGGUGCAUCACCUGAGCUUAAAACCCGUCUGGAAUCUGCUGUUCGGGCAAACCAGGCCAGCAGCAAAGCUAAAGAUGCAGCACGCAAAGCUCAGCCAACAGUUCAAGUUGCACCAACUAUCAAACUCAAAACUAGCUUCUUCUAAACCCUCAAUUGUUCUGACACUGUUUUGUUUGGUUUGUGUCAACAGAAUGUCUGUAUCAAGUAACAUUUCUUAAAAGUAUUUAUUUUACAGCUCAUCUGUGUCUUAAACAUAUGAGAGAUCCUUGUGAAGUCUUUAAAAUGCCUUUAAAUGUUCAAUGAAAAGAUUUUCCUUGUAAAAUCCAAUGUACAUUUUGAUCACACGGGUGUAUUGUCUUCUGGUUGGGAACACAUUGGCAUCACAUGAUCUACAUUUGCCCAUUCUACUUUUUUCCCUUAAUCCCCUUUUCUUAUUUUUACAUCACAUUAAGCCUUACUGUAAUAGCAGUAAUAGUUUCCUUCAAAUUUUAAAUUCGUUGAAUUAUAUUCCAUUCCAAUUCUGUGUUCUAGUCAUGAUUAUUCUGAGUCCUGAAGCAUCAGGCUUUUUUUGGAUGAAUUGUGUAAUUAUUCAUCUGACUUAAACUGAACGUGAACUCUACAUCAUAAAAAUCUUUAUAAUAGGUGUGCAUCUGAGCUUUGAUCAGAAUUAGCUGUCAUGCUUAGUUUGAAGAUAGUUCAAACACCCAUAGAAUAGAUCAAGGGUCAUCAGGUAGCCCCCAAGGACCACAGGAGUAGCAUGCAGGCCUGUUCUAAAAUAUUGCUCAGCAGUGAUGGCACAUUGUGAUUUCCUAGGAAUAUUGGAGAGGUGAUCAUUUGAAAAUGUAAAUGCUUGGAGAGAUUUAUAGAAAUAAAGUGUUGCAUAUUGAAA